CGUUGGAGAGCCACGAAUCGUGUGUGUUGAGCGGCGUGGGGUUCACGAAAACUGCGUGCAUUUGUUUCUACGAGUGCUGCUUUUUGAGUGACGUGUGCUUCGUUGAAAAUUGUAAGAAAGUGAGCAUUCAGCAAGUUACGCAGGGGAAGUUUUAGGCAUAAGGUUCUGCGUCAACGCCAGGCGAGACGCCAUCACUGUCCUGCACGCCUCAACCGCACUCAAUUGGUCUUAUGCUCUGUUUCCAGCUAUCAAAGAUCCGCGUGAAGUGCCCACCGCCGACCGGCUGGGAAAGAUGAUUCAACUUGGACUCGUCCGCGGCGGGGGAGGCAGUUAGUGUCCAGCCGAACGUAAACAUCCCGGCGGCGGGCGCGAGGGGCCGUCGGCCGGCGGCCGCCAGUGAGGGCCGUGUUUUGGUGAUCGGUGCGCGGGGCGCGGGGUGCGUGCCGCGCAGUGCCGGGUCGCGGCAGUGGUACAGUGGUGCGGCCGCGGCGAACGAUGACGGCGCGUCGCUGACCGGCCGUGCAUGGUGUCCACUGGCUCGGUGGCCGGCCCCGCCCAGGCCCCGGACCAUGCGCUGGCGGACCGCGGACCAUGCGCGCCGCCCAGGGACCACAGCGCGCUCCUGAUGGGUCGCCAGCAGAGCAGCAACCAGCUGAGGUCCCGGCCGGGCCCGGCGCUGCCCCGGCAGACCGCCACUGGAGGCGCCGGCCGUGUCGAGCCCCCCUCCCCCGAAGACUCGCCGCCACCGGCCGCCGGAGACAUCUCAUCGCUGUCCUCGCGGUCUCCGAGCAACGGGCCCGACCUGCAGACCAUGCAGGCGCGCACCCCGUGCCGGUUCCGGGAUGCCACCCAGGCGCCGCUGCGGAAACUCACACUCGACCUCAUCAAGACGUACAAACACAUCAAUGAGGCUGUUGGUAACGUGCUGCCAUCUGUCACCAAUCAGGUGUACUACACCAAGAAGCGGCGUCAACAGAGCCAGCGCGAGGAGGGAGGCCACAGGAAGGAGCGCCGGCUCUACAAUGACGGCUGUGACGACGCCAACAACGACUACAUCAUCCGAGCCGGCGAGAAGUUCGCCGAUAGAUACGAGAUCGACUCGCUCAUCGGCAAGGGCUCGUUUGGACAG